UCCGGGAUCGCUCGGCAAUUCGGCGUGGUAGUUCUACUUUAGCCAGUUUUAAAAGCGGUGUGCCGAGGCUGUGUUCGGUCUUGGCUUUACGAGCCUUGGUUUCCCGGUCUCAUGGCUGGCUUGACCUUGUUUGUGGGCCGCCUCCCGCCUUCAGCCCGCAGUGAGCAGCUGGAAGAACUGUUCAGUCAGGUGGGGCCGGUGAAGCAGUGCUUCGUGGUCACUGAGAAAGGGAGUAAAGUGUGUCGAGGCUUUGGCUAUGUCACUUUCUCCAUGCCAGAAGAUGUUCAGAGGGCCCUUAAGGAGAUUACUACCUUUGAAGGUUGCAAGAUCAAUGUGACUGUUGCCAAGAAAAAACUGAGGAAUAAGUCCAAGGAAAAGAAGAAAAAUGAAAAUUCAGAGUCCCCAAAGAAGGAACUGAAGCCUAAGAAAGCCAAAGUGGCAGAUAAGAAAGCCAGAUUAAUUAUUCGGAACCUGAGCUUUAAGUGUUCAGAAGAUGACUUGAAAACAAUAUUUGCUCAAUUUGGAGCUGUCCUGGAAGUAAAUAUCCCGAGGAAGCCAGAUGGAAAGAUGCGUGGUUUUGCUUUUGUUCAGUUCAAAAAUCUCCUGGAAGCAGGAAAAGCUCUCAAAGGAAUGAACAUGAAAGAGAUAAAAGGUCGGACAGUGGCAGUAGACUGGGCCGUGGCAAAAGAUAAAUAUAAAGAUACCAAGAUUGUUUCUGCCCCAGAUGAGGAGAAGAGUCAUAAACCUAAAUGUCAUGAAUCAAUUAAAAAGAAUGGCAGGGUGGAAGAGGAAGAAGAUGAUGAAGAUGAUGAUGAGGGUGAUGAUGAAGAUGAUGAUGAGGGUGAUGAUGAUGAUGAUGAAGAUGAAGAGGAGGAGGAGGAUAAAGAAUCAAAAAUGACCAAUCACGUGCAAAUUCAGAAGAGAGCAGUCAAGAGAGCAGCUCCUGAAGAAAGUAGUGAGGAAGACCACUCUGAUGAGGACAGUGAUCUGGAGGAAAGAGAUAGCAUUGAUGGUGGAGAGGGAUUGGCACAGAGUGAUAGCAGUGCUGAAGAAAAAGAGGAUGAAGAUAUACAAGUCUCAAAGAAAAAGAAGAGGAAAUUACCCUCUGAUGUGAGUGAAGGGAAAACUGUUUUUAUCAGAAACCUGUCCUUUGACUCAGAGGAAGAAGAACUUGGAGAACUCCUCCAGCAAUUUGGAGAUCUUAAAUAUGUGCGAAUUGUCUUGCAUCCAGACACAGAGCAUUCUAAAGGUUGUGCAUUUGCCCAGUUCAUGACGCAAGAAGCAGCUCAGAAAUGCCUUGCAGCAGCUUCUCCAGAGACUGAGGGUGGUGGCCUUAAAUUGGAUGGCCGGCAACUGAAGGUUGACUUGGCUGUGACCCGUGAUGAGGCUGCAAAGCUUCAGACAAAGAAGGUGAAGAAGCCAACUGGAACCCGGAACCUCUACUUGGCCCGAGAAGGCUUGAUCCGUGCUGGGACGAAGGCUGCCGAGGGUGUGAGUGCUGCUGAUAUGGCCAAACGAGAACGGUUCGAGCUAUUGAAGCAUCAGAAACUCAAGGACCAGAAUAUCUUUGUUUCCCGGACCAGGCUUUGCCUGCAUAAUCUCCCAAAGGCUGUGGAUGACAAAUGGCUUAGGAAGCUGCUGCUGAAUGCCACUAAAGGGGAGAAGGGGGUGCGCAUCAAGGAGUGUAGGGUGAUGCGAGACCUUAAAGGAGUUCAUGGAAAAACAAAAGGCCAGUCCCUGGGCUAUGCCUUUGCAGAGUUCCAGGAGCAUGAGCAUGCUCUGAGAGCCCUCCGUCACAUCAACAACAAUCCAGAAAUUUUUGGGACUCAGAAGAGACCAAUAGUGGAGUUUUCUUUGGAAGAUCGAAGGAAACUUAAAAUGAAGGAGCUAAGGAUCCAACGAAGUCUGCAAAAAAUGAGUUUGAAGCCUGCAACCGGUAAGCCCCAAAAGGAGCAAAAAGAGCCUGGAAAAGACAAGCAACAGAGUGCAGCUCAGAUUCACACACGGGAACAAAGGAAGAAACCCCCACCCCAGAAGGGAAAGUCAGACUCUACCUCGUGGACAGGGUUCCAGACCAAGGCGGAAGUGGAGCAGGUGGAGCUGCCUGAUGGAAAGAAAAGAAGAAAGGUCCUGGUGCUCCCCUCACACCGAGGACCCAAAAUUAGAUUGCGAGACAAAGGUAAAGUGAAGUCCCUCCCUCCCAAGAAGCCAAAGCCGCAGAUAAACCAGUGGAAGCAAGAGAAAAAGAAAUUAUCUUCCAAGCAGGUACCUAGGAAAAAAGCUAAGGAAAAUAAGGCAGAAAUACGCUUCAACCAGUUGGUCGAACAAUAUAAGCAGAAAUUAUUGGGACCUUCUACAGGAGCACCUCUUGCAAAGAGGAGCAAAUGGUUUGAUAGUUGAUGCUGCUAUCAGACUGGGUAAGAAGUCAGGCAUGUACUUUCUAGUAAAGCUCUUAAUCAUAGGCCCAUACCCAUGUCUUUCACUGAGGGAAAGAAGAUCCCUGAGAGCACCCGCUCUGUUACAAGGCUUCCUGGACUGUGCAUUUCUGAACUUUGGUUCCUCCUCCAGUAUAUGGCUAGUUAGCUACAAAGAAGUAUCUGAAAAACAUCAUGAUGGUUCUUGUGUAUUAUCUGGAAUAUUAUGUGAAGUUGUGUCUAUUAGUACCCAUUUUUAUUCUGUUUCUCAAAUGGAAGCAAUUGUAAAAAGCAUUCUGGAGCACUUUUUAAGAUGUAUGAUUUGUUUUGACCCUUUUAAUAAUAGAUUGUGUUUCAUUUUUAAUACUAAAUCCUUUAUUAUUAACAUUUUUACAUUCUUAACUAGUUCAAUUUUAUAGAUCUGUAUGCUGUAGGAGCUGACUAAGUAAAAGCAGAGAAAAAUGUUUGUCGAGGUAAUCCAUACAAGCUGGAAACCCUUGAGUGGGAAAGCAGUUGAGAGCAGUGGGCCAGGCACAGAGCAGAACCUGCUAAGUGUCUACUAUUAUGAGAGGGUAAUGGCUGGUAGCCAAUUAGAGAUCAAUUUGCAGUGACCACAGACACUCACCUGGCUAGUGAUGACCUGCAUUUCUCUCAUGGAGCAUCUCUUGCUGGGGACUCAGAGCUAGUAGCUGUAGUAGAAAAAGCAGUGGAUACGAGGCCCAGAUCCCUCUAAGUCUAAGUACCGUCACCCUGUGGGUUCUUUCGAGGUCUUAGUUUCUUCACCUGUAAAAUAAGGAGUUUUACUAUUCUCUCUGAUCCUUUGAAGUUCUAAGUUCUUCCUCUAUUUCAUUCUUAUAUUCGUAUUCCUUCUCUCCCUUUUCUAAAGAAAAGGUGGAGUGGGGGACUUAAAUAUUAGAGUCAAGGUCCAUAAGGAUCCUGAUGGCAUGAGGAGUGGGCUGAGUCUGAAAGAUGAAAAUCACUGGAGGCAAACAUAAAUCCCUGUGCUGGGAUCUAAAAUCCCACUGCACAACUUCUGGUGAGAGGGUGGGAGUCAAUUGACUUCAUGUUACAAAGCAGCAGUCUGGCCCUGACGUGUACAAAGGGACCAUUGGGCUGUCUUAGUAGACAUGUGAGGUCUCAGGUGAAGGAGCUGCUAGUACUCUGAGCUGGCCAGUUUACACCUAUAGGACAAAUACAGUGACCAAAUAGGUGAAGGAAACCAGAAUGCCAUGUGGAAGCAGAAUUGGUCUUGACUGUUGUUGAAGCUGGUCAUAGGUAAAUGGAGAUUUGUUACACUAUUCUCUCUGCUUCUGUGAACAUUUGAAAUUUUCCAUAAUAAGAAGUCAAAGAAAAGUUAGUUGAGAAGAUGAAGGAAAGUAUUUUGGCCUGCCUAAGAAGGAAAUUCUUGGUGGGAACUAGCUAUGGGGAAAACACAUAAAGGUAUAUAGAAGCAGAUGAGUGAAAGCCACAAGGAAUCAGAUUUUGACUCAUCAUGAGAAGGAACUUUUUAAUGUAGCUGUCAGGUAUAGGUGUGGUAUGUCUGUGAUACUGUUCAGAUAUAGAUGUGGUAUGUCUAUGAUACUGUCCAGGAACUCCAUUGCUAGAGUUAUGCUAAAAGAGAUGAUAAGGACAGGUCAAAUCAUUAAUAUUUGACCCCAUAAUGACCUGAAGAUGUGUCUGUUUUCUUGCCCAAGUGCCUGAGGCCUGUUUCUAGAGACUGUCUGGCCAUUCCUCUCUGUCCAGUGUCCUGCAUGUACUCAAUCCUCAUUAACUCUGGCCUUUGAAAUGGCUUAGUCCCUGCUUUCCAGUGGUUUCUUAUCUUUCUUUGAUGGGAGUGAUAACAGACAGUGCAGCCCUAUCACCUCUCCUACCUUAUAUUUGUUCAUUCUCCUUUCUGUUCAUUUUUGGCUACAAAGGCCUGCCUUCAGUUCUCUUUGACUCAGCCACCUCAGCCUUUGUGUCUAUGUUCCCUCUAACUGGAAAACUUUGUGAGAGGGACUUUAUCUGGUUUGCUUCUAGUGAGACAGCACCUACAGAAACAGCAUUUAGUCUUGACCCUGGCCCUUAUUAGGUAUCAAGUAAGUGUUUACUAAAUGAAAAAAAACAGGGAAGAAGUAAAUGGUACUUACAAAAGAAGAGAAAAAGUGGGGAACAUAGCCCAGAAUUCUUGAUUCCCUAAUUCAUUCUAGUGCCAUAAAUGGUGCUUUCACAGAACCAUUGCUGAGCUAGGGAUAGAACAGUUUCAUAGCAGUAUUUUGGGAAACCAAUGGAUGCUCUAAAUGCUUUUGGUUGGUUUAGAGGUAGAUGAAAAAGGCCUUGAAAAAUAUUUAGACUUUUUGGAGAAAUCAGAACGACAGGUGCCAUCUCUAAGGCUACCUUUAGACAAUAGGACUCGGGGAGUUUUGAACAUUCUUGCAACAGCCUGUCAACAUACCUGUCCUACAUUUGGGAGGAAGUAAGGUACUUUUAUAAAGGCUGUCAGUAUAGCCACAACCUGCCUAUCAUUUGAUCUCUUUUCCCUUAGCUAACUCUCUCUGCUUGCCAGACACUUUCUCCUCACUGUACAAAUAUCCCUAACAUUUAAAUAUAAUAUAUCUUAACAUUUAGAAUAGAUUUAAAAAGGGUGUUCUUUCAGGUAACAUUGCCAGAUUUUCUUAGAUCCAGAUAUUUCUUCUAACAGCUUUAGCAACCCAGUGUGCUAAAGCAUUAGUCAGUUGCUUGUUAAGUUAUUAUUGCACAGUUCUUUAAAAGAGUGAUAUGAGGACAAAUCAUCUGCUUUCUCAACAACUGGACUCCAUAUAUGGUGUCCUCCUUUGGGACACCUUCCCAUGGGUUCUUUAGUCAGCCAUUGACUCCUUGAGAGUUGUAUUCACUUCUACUUCACUUCAGAGCCUGAUGUUUCAGAAAAUGGGAUUUUCUGAAUUAACAUGAGGGUUGAGUUAUAGACUACUUAGUUACUAACAAGAGUAAACAUUUUUGUUAAUACUGAAGGCCAUCAGUCAAAAUGAUCAAGUUUCAGUGGCAUUUCCCUGCUUAAUUACACAGUAGCCUGACUCAGAGAUAAGAUAUCCAGUAAAGUAUCUUAAGAUGGUGCACAGCUUUCUUUGCCUUGUCCUCUACCCUCCAACCUUGAUUAGUUAGUAGUUUUGAAAAAUCUGCUCUACUUCAACUUGUACAAUUUCUUCUUUUGGAGUUGAGCCUGUGACAAGGAAUGUGCUUCAGCUGUUGUAGAAAUGAGAAUUGUGGCAUCCUCUGUUACAAAGUUAGAGCAUGUGAUUGUUUCUUUGAAAUACAGUCAUGUGUCACUGAAAAACCAGGGCACAUUCUGAGACCUGCUUUGUUAGUCAAUUUUAUCAUUGUGCAAACCUCACAGUGUACUUAACAAACUAAGAUGGCCAUGAUGUCAUUAGAUGAUAUAGUCUUAUGCGGUAUUAUGGUAUGUGGGGAUUCAUCAUUAUGCGGCAUGUGGCUAUACUUUGAAAUAUCCUUUGGUAUGAUUUUUGUCUUGAAAAGAAGAGUAAUCCCAGCUACUUGGGAGACUGAGGCAGGAGGAUUGUAAGUUCAGGGCCAGCCUGGCAACUUAGAACCUGUAAAAAAUAAAAAGUACAGGGGAUGUAGCCAUGGUAGAGUACCCUUGGGUUUAAUCCCCUAAUCCCCUUUAGUACUACAAAAAAUAAAAAUAGAAAGGAACGAAGGAAGGAGGGAAGGACGAAGGGAAGGAAAGAGAAGAAAAGUUUUUCAACUAGAAAUUCAGAGUGAAAAACUUCAAGGCAUCUACUUCUCAUUAUGCAUUUGGCCUUCCAUUGCCUGAGGAGGCAAGGGGGUCACAUGUACCACAGUGAGUACUGACUCCCCAGAAUCUGCAGUUUUAGCUCUCCAGCUGACCUAAGUAGCCAAUUCUCUGCUUAAUACCCCACUGUUUGUGCAGUGAUUGACAGAAUGUCUCUAAGAAGCGACUCUUUCCAAGCAACUUUGAAAGUUUCUGUACUUCUCCUAAGACUGCUCCUUCAUGGAGGUAGCCAUGUUGUUGGACUUUGGGGUGCUGAGACAAGUUUGUAUUUCAUCUUGUCUCUGAUGAUGCUCACCUCUGGUUUUCAACUCACUUCUAGCUAGUACUUUAAGGGCCAGGAUGAGAUUUCUCUCUGACCAAAUAGAGAUUUCCAAAUUUCCCUUUGCCCAAGGUUGACCAGUUUGGAAGUUGUCUACAUGUGUUGCCCUGUUUUGGUUCUUCUUAUCUUGCUUCUUUUUCUUUCCAGGAUUAUUUUCAGAAUCUGAGAUUCCUUGUUGAAUGGGGUGUUAUUCAGCAGCCCAAACAUGGGUGGCAUAUAGAUAUAGUGUGUGGUUUCCUUGGCUUCUGAUUCUGAACUGGUAAUUGGCUGCAGACAAGCUUCUCUACUCAUGAAGGAUUAUAAUGAGAAGACUGUUGGACACAGCCUGGAACCAAUUCUGAGAAGAAAACUGCUGAGUUACCAAAAGACCUAUUGGAUCACCCCCAAACAGAGGAUGUGCCCAGAGCCUUUUAUCAGACAUGAGAGUUCACUGCUGCAAAGCUGCCUCAGAAUCUCCUUCACUGGACAAUUGAUAGAAGGAAAGUCCUUUCUGUGUUUGAGGGCAGGAUCUAUAUUUUAUGCUUUGCUACAUACCCUAUAACACCCAACAUUGAUUUACCCAUAGUAGGAGUUCAUGUAAUACUGUUGAACUCUCUAAAGGCUCUUCUAGGGCUUAGCUGGGCUUAUGAAGGACACGAGUCAUUUCCUGAGAUGAUAAAUAGUGAAGGCCAAUAAAAAGUGAAUAAUAAUAACAAACUACUCUUUACAGUGCCCUGAAUAUAGACCUGUAUCCUUUCUACUGUGCCUUGUCUAUGCCAGUCUUGAUAAUUUAUUUGCCUCUCCUCUCUACUCAAAUGCCAUCUGUCAUUCAGUUCAGGCUUAAGGCCCAGCUCUUCCCUAGGGACCUCAAGCAUCCCAGGGCAUUGCGAUCCCUCUAAGUUGCUGGCGCACUUACUAGUUGACUUCCUCUCACUUAACAGUUCAGGGUACUGUGACUUGUCAUUUCUCUAGGUCUUGCCUUCCUAGGGAGACCAUGAACCCCUUGAUGGCAAGAACUUGCUCCCUGCGAUUCUGGCCCCAGGGCCUGGCACAUGGUCCUUAGAGAUUGGUUAUUAAAGAUGAUAAAGGUAAAGAAUGUCCCUAGGCAUCUGUUGCAGUGAUCUCUCCCCAACCUGUCCUUAUUUUAUGUAUUUUCUCUUUCUCUUUUCUUUCUUGUUCAGUCUUGUAUUAGGUACUUAAAAUGGUUUUAUAUUAGGUACAUAAAAAUGUCAGUUCUUCUCACUUUCCUCCAUUUUCUUUUUUUUCAUUUUCUCUUUUCUGCACUAUUAUCUCGGCCUUAGUCUACCAGCAACUCCCUCACGUGUUGUUUAAUCUGCCUUGGUGGCCAGAACUCCCAUUCCUGUCCCUUUGCGCCCUGAGAGGUUCCCAGCCCUUAUGCACAGGGAGGGAUGGUGGAGGCCAAAUGCAGGAAACAGCAAAGCGGUAAGAAACUGACUCAAGUGUCCCUCUCUAAGCCUGUCUUCCCAACUCUCCCUUCUCCUUUUCCUCCCCCCUGGGUGUUACACUUCAUUGUCUGCAUGUGCUUUACAACAUAAAGAAACUCAAAAGCCAUAUUUUUGAUGAAGCUUUCCCUUUGGAUGCUCCUGCAGGAAACAUGUUAUCUUUAUAUUCUGGUCCAUCGUGGGGAAGACCCCAUCUUGACUUUGGGCACCUGGGAUGCAGCAGGAGGCCCAGAACAUUGUUCCUUUGCUAUUUACAAGAGAAUGGGAUUGAGAUGCACCUUUCUUAUUAGAAACUUUGAAGAGCAUUCUGAGAACAUCCCUCCUCCAGCAGCACAGUAGCCAUCAGUUGCUACAGUAAGUGAGGUGGUCUAGCCCAAGAACACCACAGAAGGGCUUUGGCAGCAGGGUUCUGAGGAAUAGAGCAAGCUUGUGUUACUUCAGAGGUAGGCAACACAAAUAAAAUGAAGAACAGCUCUUGGAGGCAGAGUACUUUGGCCCCUUCCCAACCAGCAGCAUCCUCUUGAAGUCCUAAAGUGACCUCCCUCACCAAAUCAGUGAGAGGAGAAACCUCCCACUGUUAAAACAAAAGCAAUUUCAACGCUCCCAUCCCAGUGCCACCUCAGUCCACCUGGAUGGUACUCCUGGUUCUGAGCCCAUUGAUGGGUUGGAGACUUCUGUCAGUAGGUGGGUUGAUCCAGACCAUUCCACAUGUCCUCCCACUGACGAACAACUCAUGUCCAUUUAAUAACAAGUGAGUAUAGAAUCCUAUAGUGAUCUAAAAUUUAUCUGUCGUCUGUGUUAAGUCAUGGUUGAAUUGCAGCCAUAGGCUCCCUACAGAUAAAAGAGUUGGCAUAUAAUCAACAAAAGCAAUUUCAAAAAAUUGUGUGUAUUGUAAUUACAAUAAAAAACAUUAUAUAUGGUAUUUCUAUGUAUAACGUUUUGCACAUAGUUUUAAUUUUUAAAACUUUUCUCCAUUUUCAGAUUUUCUCAGUUGAAUAUGUAUUUAUUUAUUUUCAGUAGUGGGGAUUGAACCCAGGGACUCUCUACCAUUGAACUCUACCCCUAGCCUUUUCCUAUUUUGAGACAGGAUCUUGCUAAGUAGCUGAGGCUGGCCUCAAGCUUGCAGUCCUCUUGCCUCAGCCUCACACAUUCUUUUUAUCAAUUAUGUGCAUACAUUUUUUAUUCUAGAGAGCUCAUUGUUAAAUAGCACACUAAUGCUAUAAAACCUUUUUUUCUCCUGCUCACACUGUUGCUGGGAGUAACCAGCUCACUACUUUGGGCUGUUGCUAUUUCUUUUUUAAGUCUUCCAAGUAGUGUUCUGCUCAGCCUUCCAGACUUUCUUACUGUUCCUUCAAAACUGUUCUGUUGCUCAGUGGUAGAGAGGUUGCUUAGCAUGUGUGAGGCCCUGGGUUCUAUCCCCAGCACUGAAAAAGAAGAAAUUAAAUAAAUAAGCCCUUUCAAUAUAUCCUGUCUCAGGUGAGCUUCACACCAAACCUGGCAAAAGUCAUUGAGUGGCAAACAUGACCUAUCCAUGUUAGAGCCAAUUAAAUAGGAUGCAGGGAAGAUCCCUCGGCCUCCUAAACUAGGACUAGAACAGGGCUCCUCCCGCUUGGAGUUCUGUCCCCUAGGGCUAUUUAAGGAACUAGUGGACAACACUUUUUAAUAGGUACCCCAAAUGUUUUUAGGGUAAAGAACUGAUUUUUUCAAAUUAGGAGAGGAAAAAAGAAAAGGGAAUUUCAUUCUCACAUUCUUUGGUGAAAUUUUUGAAAAUUUCCCUCAUGUAAUAAACAAUGCA